ACUCACAUGGGAAUGCUGAACCAGCUGCACAACUUUUAUUUUGAAGAAAAAAAAAAGUUGAGCCUCAGAGCAGCAUGUUUUAAAGACGGGGAGGGACUUAGUAUUUCAGAACUCUUGACCAGCGUGUGGAAGAAGUGGGCUCAUGGCUGGAAUAACCUAGGGUGUUUCUACCUGGGCAACACUUGGCAAACUUUCCCACUUUCUUUGUUCUAUUUCUGAGGGUCUGGCACUUUUCUCUUGCCCAGAUCAACUUGACUCUCCAGUACUGUUUUGCACACCCUACUCUGUGGGGGAGUGCAGCAACGUGCCUGUCUUAUGUGGCCUCUAUGGCCACAUUGCUCAGCUGCCAGAGAGAGAGGAAGUUUUCCCCAACUACCAAAAAAAAAGGAGAAAAAUCCCUCUUUUCCCUGUACUCCUAGCAGUACAGUAGCAAAGGAUAAUCUCCUCCUUGGAUUUUUUGGGGUGGUUUCCAGGAAGAAGUUAACUUUCCCCCUUUAAAUGGAUGACCAUGUUACCAUCAAGAAAAAACAUCUCCAAAGACCGAUAUUUCGACUAAGAUGCUUAGUAAAACAGCUGGAAAAAGGUGAUAUCAAUGUUGUGGACUUAAAGAAGAAUAUUGAAUAUGCAGCAUCUGUGUUGGAAGCUGUUUACAUUGAUGAAACGAGGAAACUGUUGGACACUGAAGAUGAACUCUCUGACAUCCAGAUUGAUUCAGUCCCAUCAGAAGUACGGGAUUGGUUGGCUUCUACUUUCACACGGAAAAUGGGGAUGACAAAGAGGAAACCUGAAGAAAAACCAAAAUUCCGUAGCAUUGUGCAUGCUGUCCAGGCUGGAAUUUUUGUGGAUAGGAUGUACAGACGGAGUUCCAGCAUAUCUGGUUUAGUUUAUCCAGCAGCUGUCAUUAUAACAUUAAAGGAUGUAGAUAAAUGGUCAUUUGAUGUAUUUGCCCUAAAUGAUGCAAGUGGAGAGCACAGUCUGAAAUUUAUGAUGUAUGAACUGUUCACCAGAUAUGAUCUUAUCAACCGCUUCAAGAUUCCUGUUCCUUGUCUAAUUUCCUUUGCGGAAGCCUUAGAAGUUGGUUACAGCAAGCACAAAAAUCCAUAUCAUAAUUUGAUUCAUGCAGCAGAUGUCACUCAAACUGUGCAUUACAUAUUGCUUCAUACAGGUCUCAUGCACUGGCUCAAUGAACUGGAAAUUUUAGCGAUGGUCUUUGCAGCUGCCAUCCAUGAUUAUGAGCAUACGGGGACCACCAACAACUUUCAUAUUCAGACCAGGUCAGAUGUGGCUAUUUUAUAUAAUGACCGUUCUGUUCUGGAAAAUCAUCAUGUGAGUGCAGUGUAUAGGCUUAUGCAAGAAGAUGAAAUGAAUAUUUUGGCAAAUUUAUCCAAAGAUGAUUGGAGGGAUCUUCGAAAUCUGGUUAUUGAGAUGGUUUUAUCUACUGAUAUGUCAGGUCAUUUCCAGCAAAUUAAAACUAUUAGGAGCACUUUGCAGCAGCCAGAGGGGAUAGACAAAGCGAAAGCCAUGUCCUUGAUUCUCCAUGCCGCAGACAUUAGCCAUCCAGCAAAAACCUGGGAACUACAUCAUCGAUGGACCAUGGCUUUGAUGGAAGAAUUUUUUCGACAGGGAGACAAAGAAGCUGAACUAGGCCUUCCUUUUUCUCCACUUUGUGAUCGCAAGUCAACUCUGGUGGCCCAGUCACAAAUAGGUUUCAUUGAUUUCAUAGUAGAGCCAACGUUUUCUCUUCUGAUGGACUCAACAGAGAAAAUUGUUACUCCUCUUAUAGAGGAAGCCAUAAAAACUGAAAAUUCUCCCUUUGCUUCAAACAGCUCACCUAACAUUGGAUCUGUAAAUGUUGGGGAUGCUUUAAAAAGACUGACUAUUAAAAGCAACAUAUCUGAUAAGUCUAAUUCCUCAGACUAUUCUCUUGCAACAGUGGACCUGAAGGGCUUUAAGAAUAACUUGGUGGACAUCAUUCAACAGAACAAAGAAAGGUGGAAAGAGUUAGCAGCACAAGAAUUAUUACAGCGUGAAAAAGAACUUCAGAAAAGAAGAUCAUUUUUAAGAAGACAUGAGCAUGAUGCAGAAAAGAAUGCAAAUUUGACCUGCAAGUUUAGCAAUAUGGAAGGAAUCAGUGCUUCACCAAAUAUGUCGUGUGCUUCUGUGUCUGUGCCUAGAGAAGCUGACGUUAGAUGCUUUGUUUAUAAGCCAGCCUCCUUAGAUCCUACUCAGUCAGGAGAAAAUAUGGAUACUUCUGAGAAUAAGGAAAUUUUGAGCAUUCAUCAAGGGCAAAUAUUCGUUGAUCCAGACUUAAAGGUCCUGCCAAGAGAGGCAGGAAUAGCUGGUGAAAAUUCUCAGACAAUUAAUGUCCAGCCUUUGUCAAGACCAUCAUCUCCUGGAUCUACUGUUAAACAAAUUUCUCAUAGGCCUUCUGGGAAAGAUGUAUUAAAGCACGAAAAGAGACGUCAGAAAAGAAAACCAUUUUUAAGAAGACAAGAUCAUAAUACAGGGAAGAAAACAAAUUUGACUUCCAAGUGUAGCAAUAUGAGAGGAGGAAUCAGUGCUCCAGACAUAACUUUUUCUUCUGUGUCUGUGCCUAGAGAAGAUGACAUUAAAUGUUUUAUUUAUAGGUCGGCUUCCUUAGAUUCUGCUCACCCAGAAGAAUCUAAAAAUACAGAUACUUCAGAGAUUAAGGAAAUUUUCAGCAUUCAUCAAGGGCAAAUAUGUGUUGAUCCAGAUUUAAAGAUCCUGUCAUGCGAGGCAGGAACAGCUGGUGAAAAUUCUCAGGAAAUUAAUGCCCAGCCUUUGUCAAGACCAUCAUCUCCUGGAUCCACCCUUAAACAAAUUUCUCCUAAACCUUCGGAAGAUGUAUUAAAGAAUGAAAAGGAACUUCAGAAAAAAUCAUUUGUAAGAAGACAAGAUCAAACUGCAAGGAAGAGUACAAAUUUGACCUCCAAGUUUAGCAAUAUGAGAAGAAUCACUGCUCAGUCAAACACAUCUAUUUCAUCUUUGUUUCAGCAUAGGGGAGCUGACAUGAGAUGUUUUUUUUAUAAAUCAGCUUCCUUAGAUUCUGCUCAUCCAGGAGAAACUAAAAAUACGGACACUACAAAGUAUAAGGAAAUUAUGAGCAUUCAUCAAGGGCAAAUAUUUGUUGACCCAGACGUAAAGGUCCUGUCACGUGGGGCCAGAACAGCUGGUGAAAAUUCUCAGGAAAUUAAUAAGAAGUCUUUCUCAAGAGCAUCAACUCCUGGAUCCACACUUAAACAAAUUUCUUCUAGGCCUUCCAGUAGAGAGUCCAUUCGGAAGUCAAGCACUAAGUCUAAUGUAGACCAAAAAAAAGUCACUCGGUCAAGGAAAAAAACACAGCCUGGGAUGCCACUGAAUUCUAACAUCUCAAAAGGAUCCUUAUUUCUGAGUAACCGACUAUCUAAGCGAGGAUCUCUAUUCAUGGCUCUCUCAUAUCUUUUGGCAAUGGGUUUAUACAAUCUAGGCAAUUAAAAGGAAAACAGAAAGCAAGUAGAAAAGAAACAGAAACCUGCACAAAAUUAAAAUUUCAUCAAAUAAAAAACCAUUAAACUCAAA